UCGGGCGAGCGUUUCCAUAGCAACUGCUUUUUGUGUCGUGAGCAGAUGACCGCCAUCGGUUUUUUCCCUUCAAGCGAUUCAGCAGUAAAUUGUAACCUUGAUUUGGCACUUCCAGUGUCCCCCACGAGCAAUAAUGUCUGCCCAAAGCGGCUUAGGCAAGCUGGACGUGGGCGUCCUGAACGCCGAACAGCGGGAGACACUGCGCCAGUUCAAAAUCCAGACCAGGAUCGACAAUGAGAAGUACCUGAUGGCGCAUCCCGAGGUGGAGGUCAUGGUUGAAGAUUUUCUCAGGGACUUGCUUCUUAAAAGACCAACUCACAUUCGUGCAUUUGCUGCGGAUCAUUUCACCAACCCUGACCUUCACAUUAUUAUUAACGCUAAAAUGGCAACCAUCAAUAUGGAUGCAUAAAAAGCUGUUUACUCAUUUAGGAACCGCUUUUUUGUUGUCAUGUGCUGCCACACUUCAUGAAGCAUAAAAUGCCUUCUUGUGCAAACAUGUGUUCCCUGUAUUGUAUUUCAAACAGCAUCACUGGAGCACUGAAGCCAUGUUUGUGUAUGUGCUUUAAUAACUUACAUUGUAUGCCAUUGUGUCACUGAAUAGGUCAUUCUUCUUUAGGAUUUAGUAGGCUGACAAGAGGCAAAAAAAUAAUAAAGCUUGUGUUCAAACC